AGUUAAUUGUAUUGCUUAUGGAUUAAGCGGUUAUAGCCCAAACCCAAAAAGUUUACAACGGAAAAGCCCAAACUAAUGAGCAGCGAACGACUAUUCUGAAUCUGGACUAGGUUGUUGAAUUGAAGAACCGGCUCUCAUCUGCGUUUCAUACUCUGGUUUUCAUUCAUCGGGCAAAGAAAAGUUAAAGAGAGAGAAAAAGGCAACAAUGGCGAUGACUUCGGGUAAGCUCAGAUCUAGCGUUCAAUCCGCCCUUCGUAAUGGUCGUUCUUCCGAAAUCAUUAAGCGUACUUUCUCUUCUUCCUCCCAUCAAGAUGUCGAAUAUGAGGCUAAAGAGGCAUCCAAAUGGGAGAAGAUUACAUAUCUUGGGAUAGUCUCUUGCACUGUUCUGGCUGUCAUCAAUCUUUCCAAGGGUCAUCAUCACUUCGAAGAACCUCCUGCAUACCCUUAUUUGCACAUUCGCAACAAGGAGUUCCCAUGGGGUCCUGAUGGGCUUUUUGAGGUCAAAGAACACCAUUGAUCACAUUGGUUUGCUGAUAAUAUUUCAUGUAAUUGUCAUCGGGUUAGCCCCGUAUUUUGAAUUACAUACUUUGAUGUUUUUCUCAGUGCUCCAGCACUUAAAUGUUCUUUGUGGAAAAUCUAUAGACAGCUUGUGGGAGGUUUUGGUUUAAUUUUGGGUUAUCUUUGAACAGUUUAAUGCACCAAAUAAAAUGUGGUUAACAUAUCAUUUUGUUCAUUCUGCUUUUGGGUGCUGUUGGGUACCCCAUUUUGUUAAUAAAGUAUAUGGUAUGAUAUUCAUCGUUUAUGAAA